AUGGCGCACCGUCGACUGCUCCUCGCGCUGACCGUGGGUUUGAUCGCGCGCUGCGUCGUCGGGGGCGGCAUCGGGCUCGAGGAGUCGCGCGCGGCGGAUCUCGAAGCCGGCGGGGACGCGCACCCGCGCGUGCCAAUGUCGACCCCCGCGUGCGUCGCGUGCGAACGCGUGGCGCGGGAGAUCGCAGACGCGGCGGCGCGCCUGGACGGGGAGGACGAGACGCUGUCGGAGGCGGAGAACGCGCGGCGCGCGAGCCGACGCAGGCGCGGAUUUCACGGACGGAGCGAGGCCGCCAUCGACGCCGCGCUGGACGCCGUGUGCGAGACGCUCGCGAGAUCGCGGGUGGUGAAGGAUGCGAACGACGACGACGACGCAAACGGCGGGGCGACGGCGAGUUGCGAGACGACGCUGGCGAGGCACCGCGGGGAGAUCGCCGACCGCGUGUUCGCGGAGGGGGGCGUGGGUCUCAGGGAGUACCUGUGCGUCAGGCUGGAGAGGGUGUGCCCGAGAGUCGUCGGAGGCGCUCGCGACGAGCUGUGA